GUUCAGUGUGUAGCGCGGUGGUUAAGGAAGGUUAGCUCUUGUGGGCUUAUGCGCACCAAAUGCUUAUUUUUUAUUAGGAAUAAUAUUUAUUAUCUAAUGUGGGAUAAACGUUUGCAGCUCGGACAGCUUAAACUCGAGUUCCAACGUCUUGCUGCGUCAUGAUUGUGCGCUGUCACUAAGAUGUCCGGUUGCCACGGCAACAGUGUCAGCAUCACGGGGCUGCUGGGUGCGCUCUGCGACUGCAGCCUCUCCGGGUUGUCAUGGAAACGUCGCGCUCUGGGUGCAGCGUCCCGGGAGUCUGCGCGUCGGACCCUGCGCAAGCGUGUGUAUGGCGCGCUCCUCGCCGGACUCUUCCAGGAUGGGUCACCCAAACCGCCACCGAACGCCCUGGCGAACACACCCGCCCAUAAUAAAAUACUGAUGAUCUCAUUCGACCUGCGCGUGUCUGGCUGCAACGAGGAGGCGGAGAGGUUGGAGGAGCUCCUGGGUCAGCUACGGGACGGAGCGGUCUCUUCCGGACUGUCUGAGCUCGAUUCCAUCCUGGAGCUCCUGGUGCAGCUGGCUGGGUCCGUGGCUCCGCCCCCUCUGUCUUUUAGUCGCGACUACAUGCGCCGGGAGCGUCCCGUGCAGCGCAGACCUCCGUUGGGUGGGUACCUGAGCCGGGACAUGCAGCGGCUGGAGGAGAGGGCGUGGUCUUUGAUCUGUGGGGAGGAAUGGAGCAUUUUUGGGGGUGUCUGUAGGACCCUGAGCAUCAUGGACGCUCCGCCGGGCACCGGGCUGCUCAGAUUGGGACGCAGACCAGAUACUGAGGAAAGGUUUGAAAGAGAGACCCGACUGUCACUGUUUGGUGCCCUACAGCACUCCAGAACAGCAGAUAUGGACGUCCGACUGGACCUGCCGCCCGUUCCAAGCAACGCAGACCUUACUGGACUCAGUAUUCGGAUACCUCUGUGUCUGGAUCAGUCUGAUGAUGAAGGCUUCCAGUCCGCCUCUAAUCUGACUCCAGAUUCCCAAUCCGAGACGAGUCCUAGUCCUGAGAUCGACGUGUGGGAGGCCCUGCGGACGUUUGUGCCCGGCAGACGACGCUGUUGGGAGAACAUUGGCUGCCCGCCGGGUCAGAAGGAACCCCCGUACCUGACAGAGGCUGGCAGAGAGGCGUUUGAUCAACUGUACCGACUGUGGGAGGGAGAAAUGAGGAACAUUCUGUCCACACAGACACCAUCGCCACUCCUGCCGCUGCCGCUGGACUGCCAGAGUCAGCUGGUCAAAGACGUUCUCAACGUGCUGAUCGGGGUCUCCUCUGCCACGUUUCCACUCAACGAGGCUAGUGUGCAGUUUGAUGUUCGUCCGGAUAUAUGUGUGUCCGGGACGUCCCCUGAGAGUGUGUCUCGACUGCUGGGUGAGCUGGCGCAGUACGGCACACAUUACCUGCGUCUCAGCCGCUUCUCUCUGAGAAGCACGAGUCAGAAGGGACUUGUCUUUCAGGCCUUCGCAGGUGGGCUGCGGCGUUACCUGCAUUAUUACAGAGCGUGUGUGCUGAGCACGCCGGCCUCUCUCAGUCUCCUAACUAUCGCUUGUCAUUUCCGCAAACUAGGCCGUCAGCUCAGGUAUCUGUCAGAGCUGUGUUGUGUGGAUGGAAUCGGAGGAGUGGGACGAGCAACGUUCCCCGUGGGUGUAAAGCUGCUGUCGUGUCUGUAUAAUGAAGCUCAGAGUAACUGCAGUAAUGAGAAUCAUCCGGUGCUGCUGUCGCUGCUGAAGAGCAGCUGCGAGCCGUACACACGGUUUGUUUCAGACUGGGUGUAUAGUGGCGUCUUCCGUGACGUAUAUAAAGAGUUUAUGAUCGAGGUCAAUGAGGAUUAUCUGACCUACAGAGAUAAGAACUUUUGGACGCAGGGCUACACUCUGAUUUCGCGGGAUGCGGAGGACUGUGUGCCGGUGUUCCUCAAACACAUCGCCAAUGACGUCUACGUCUGCGGGAAAACAAUCAACCUACUAAAAAUCUGCUGCCCACAGCACUAUAUCUUCUGGUCGGAUGUCCCGGUGCCCUGGAUCUCUGUGACGUUUUCCCUGCAGGAAGUAGUGGAGAUUGAGAGAGACUGCGCUGUGUAUCGUGGACGAAUGGAGACGAUCGCUAGACACAGCGCCAUCAGCAGGGAGGAGCAGGCCAUGCGGACUGAACAGGCCCGACAGGAGCUCAUUAACCAGGUCAGAGUGUCAGCGGCCAAGACCCUGGAGAGUAUCAGAGGUCGGCAGGUGUCACAGCGUCUGCUGGAGGAGGCCCAGAAGAGAGAGCGAUUUGAAGAGCUGAAACAGCAGCUGGAGCUCGACCAGGAGUGGCGUAGUGCUGCGAGACGGAAUGAGCAGGAAGAUGAUUUCAGCUACACUCGAGAGCUCAGAGACCGAGAGCAGAGGCUGCAGGCCCUCGAGGAGCAGCUGGAGCGCCGGGCACGGAUGGAUCUGAUCGCUCAGUACAGUCAGUUAUCCGAAGCUGCUGCCAGACGAGAGCUCAGAGCCAUGUGGAAGGUGCAGAGGAUGAAACUCGAUGAGCGCAGAGUGAACUUCCUGCAGCAAGAACAAAUGAAUGUACAGGCUCUUCUGGAGAAGUUUUAUUUAGGUCAGGAGGGUCCCCCUGUACAACUACACAAUGAGCUCUCUGAGGAGCAGAAUCUACGAGAACAGCAAAUAGCAGAUCCUCCUCUCCCAGAAUCCUCUGUUCCUCCCUGUCCUCCUGCCAUUGGUGAAGCACAAGCUGUCAUAUCAGAGGAAAGCAACAUUGCUGACUUCCUCCCAAAGCCUCCAUGCAUCCCUUAUAGUGGUGCCGUGACCCAUGCCCUCCACGACAUUGGAUUUGACCUCCUGCAGUCCUCUCAGAAACCCCACCCACAGCAGCCACACCCAUCAACCUCCCACAUAUGUGUCGGUGAAAACGUUUCGGAAUUCCUAGAGUCUGUCCCCGUACCUAAUAUACACGGACACGCGUCCAAGUCCAGCUUCCCACUGGGUCAGUUCACUCCAGAGGUGCCAGCAGGUCACCCAAAGGCUAGUGUUCAUGGACACCCUUCACAGAGCUCCGUGCAGCUGGGAGACUCCACUGCCUCAGGGCAAAACAAGCGCCCAAUCCGCUCUGAGUCUAACACCCCUGCACAAACCACUCAAGAGCGAUCAUGCGAGGCAGAUAGAGAUAGCCAGUGUACAGAAAAACAACCGACUGGAGAAGAGACAGCAACAGAGCCCUCGGCGGCCAGCACAGGUUCAGAGCCAAAGCAAGCCGCCCAGGAGCCAACAGAGGAAGCCAAGUCCUGUGAGAGUGUCAGCCAGCCCUCUCACUGUUCUCAGCCAGAGCAAGAACAAUCUGUGUCUCUUCUCAGAGGCAUCCAUGAGUCAGAGUCUGAUUCUGAUAUGAAAAAUAACAGCCAUGAUCCUGAUCCAGCACUGAUCUCAUUUUUGCCCUCCUCUGAUGUCUGUGGCCACGCCUCUGACUCCCAUAUAAGGGUUGGCGGACAUGUUUCUGAAGUGACCGCUCCCAUCCCCACAGCUAAUAUUCAUGGCCACACCUCUGAUGCCCAUAUAAGAGUUGGCGAACAUGUUUCUGAAGUGACCGCUCCCAUCCCCACAGCUAAUAUUCAUGGCCACACCUCUGAUGCCCAUAUAAGAGUUGGCGAACAUGUUUCUGAAGUGACUGCUCCCCUUUCCACGCCGAACAUCCAUGGCCAUGCCUCUGAUGCCCAUAUAAGAGUUGGCGAACAUGUUUCUGAAGUGACCGCUCCCCUUUCCACGCCGAACAUCCAUGGCCAUGCCUCUGAUGCCCAUAUAAGGGUUGGCGAACAUGUUUCUGAAGUGACCGCUCCCAUUCCCACAGCUAAUAUUCAUGGCCACGCCUCUGACGCCCAUAUAAGGGUUGGCGGACAUGUUUCUGAAGUGACCGCUCCCAUUCCCACAGCUAAUAUUCAUGGCCACGCCUCUGACGCCCAUAUAAGGAUUGGCGAACAUGUUUCUGAAGUGACCGCUCCCAUUCCCACAGCUAAUAUUCAUGGCCACGCCUCUGACGCCCAUAUAAGGGUUGGCAAACAUGUUUCUGAAGUGACCGCUCCCAUCCACACAGCUAAUAUUCAUGGCCACGCCUCUGACGCCCAUAUAAGAGUUGGCGAACAUGUUUCUGAAGUGACCGCUCCCCUUUCCACGCCGAACAUCCAUGGCCAUGCCUCUGAUGCCCAUAUAAGAGUUGGCGAACAUGUUUCUGAAGUGACCGCUCCCAUUCCCACAGCUAAUAUUCAUGGCCACGCCUCUGAUGCCCAUAUAAGAGUUGGCGAACAUGUUUCUGAAGUGACCGCUCCCCUUUCCACGCCGAACAUCCAUGGCCACGCCUCUGAUGCCCAUAUAAGAGUGGGUGAGUUUGUGUCGGAUGUAGCCUCCUCUCGCCCAUGUUGGAGCAAAUACGGUCACUCCUCUGACAGCACCCUUAAAGUGGGUUGUGUGAUGCCCAAUGCCACCAUUAACCCAACCCCUCUACCUGGCAGUGCUUUUGGUCAUUCGUCUGACUCCACGCUAACAGUCGGGUGUGUUGUAUCAGGCGUUGACCCUCAACCCUCUCCGAUACCCGGCAGUGAGUAUGGACAUUCCUCACAGUCCACCUUGGGUAGCGGGUGUGUGGUUAGUGGGACUGAAACCACUCGACCCAGCUUUCUUUACAGUGGUGCCCACGGCCAUUCGUCAGACUCUGCUCUGGGCAUGGGCUGCAUGGUUGGCGGGGUGGUGCCAGGGAGUUUGUACCAAGACAGACCAGAAACCAGACAGAAACCAGCCGACACAGACAUCCAGGCGCCCCCUAGUGAGCUGUUCUCCCUGGAUGAAGGACUGUCUGCCUGGGCUCUGGGACUGGGAUUGUCUCCUAAAGAGAGUCCAGAGGAUCGCUAUCUUCUCAGCCUGGCCUCACAGUACCAGGUGGAGCAGUACCAGGACUCGUAUGGUCUGAUGACUGCGGCUCCAGACUCUGAGCUGCUGCUGCAGGUGACUCGGGGUCCGAACGGCCUUCCUGUCGACCCGUCCCUGCACCGGGCCACCGACGCCACUGCUGUUCAGCUCAGCGAGAUGAUGCCACUUCCUGUUCUCAUGAAACACUCUGUUACAACACCGCUUAUUACACAUGUGUCUAUGGUAAAUAAGGCCGUGGUGGAUUAUUUCUUUGUGGAGUUGGGUGUGGAGAAGCACUUUGAGACUCUCAGGCAUUUCCUGUUGAUGGAGGAUGGAGAGUUUGCCCUCUCUCUCAGCGAUCAGCUCUUCGAGAAGCUGGGCAGUGGUCAGACGCCCGGUGAGCUGCUGACCCCGCUGGUGUUGAACUCCAUUCUCAAUAAGGCCUUACAGUACAGUGUUCACGGCGACAGCGAGCUGGCGGCCCACUUCACGUUUGCGUUGCGAUACCUCCCUGAGAUCUUCCAUCCUCACGCGCCAGACUCGCUGAACUGUCUCGAGCUCCGCUACAAGGUGGACUGGCCGGUGAAUAUCGUCAUCACGGACAGCUGUCUGAACAAAUACAACAGACUCUUCUCCUUCCUGCUGCAGCUCAAACACAUGGUGUGGUCCCUUCGAGACGUCUGGUUUCACCUCAAGAGGACGGCGCUGGUGAAAGGUGCAGGUCGCUCUGCUCAGUUCCAUCAGCUGCAGCUCUACAGACACGAGAUGCAGCACUUCGUGAAGGUGAUCCAGGGCUACAUCGCUAACCAGAUCCUUCAGGUGUCCUGGAGCGAGUUCACACACAAACUGAGCAGCGCCAACGACCUGGACGCCAUUCACCACACGCACGCCGAGUACCUCAACAGAGCCAUCUUCAGGGGUUUGCUGACGGAGAAAGCCGCCCCCGUCAUGAACAUCAUCCACAGCAUCUUCAGUCUGAUUUUGAAGUUCCGUGGGCAGCUGAUCGCACAGCCCUGGGAGCUCCAGCAGGGGCAGCCAGUGCAUCCCAGUUUCAUCGCCAUGCAGCAGUCCUACAACACUUUCAAGUAUUACUCCCGCUUCCUGUUCAAAGUGGUGACCAAACUGGUGGACAAAGGCUAUCAGCCCCAUCUGGAGGACUUCCUGUUGCGGAUCAACCUCAAUAACUACUACAAAGACUCUUGAUUGUCGUGUGUGUGUGUGUGUGAAUUUCAGCCCUCCACAUCUCCAGCUUCAGUAUUCCUGUCAGUUGUAUAUAGCCACAAUCGCCUGUAGAACUCCAAGCCUCACAUUUUGUUCCGUACUGAUGCUGUUCAUCAUUUCCUGUUGUGAUGCGUGCGCUGAUGCUUUUCUCCACAGAGGCUAAACUAUGUGAUGUGUAAAAUAAACUCAUAAAGGAAGUUAGAAAUGGUCAGAAAGCUUUAUUAGAGUUUUACAUUCCGAACAGAGCUGAAUCUAACAGACCAAUAACUGCUGCACAUCCAUUCAUGAAUGUUUUUAUUUUUCAUCAUGCUAAAGCUCAUCGCAGGUUACACUUUAGAUGGUUACUGAGGCAUAUUAGAGUUAGAGAAACACUUCAGGAUCAGUUUGAGUUGCUCCAGUACGAUAAAUGUAAACAGUUCAAUGUCAUUCACUAGCCAGCCACUUAGCCAGGGACUUGAUUUCAACAAAGUCAGAACCAACAGGUCAAACAAACGAUGACGGGUAAAUGAGUGUUUAAUAAAGCGCUGAUCCAUCUGCUCAGACCAAACAACAUUGAUCAGACAGGAAACACUGAGGGGGAAAAAGCCCUUCAGCGCCAAAAAAAAGUUUAGAAAAAAUGAUUUAAUUUUGUUACCAGACUCACCCUGAGAUUCAUUUUUUCCACAGAAUGAAUGUUAAAAUAUAUGC